AUGAAGGGCUGGAUCUCGACGGUGCAGAACUACGCGUCGGUGCCCACCGGGGACACCAUGUUCGCCUUCGGCGUCGGCGAGGUCGUCGCGUCGGCGCUCGACGGCGUCGCCGUCGGCGCGCUCGUCGCCGGCCGCACGGGCUGGCAGGAGUACGGCGCCGCACCGCGCAUCGCGGACCCGGCUGAGCCCUUGUUCCGCGUCGUCGACGAGGCCACGGCGCCGCCGUCGCUGGCGCUCGGCGUGCUGGGCAUCAACGGCCUCACGGCCUACCUCGGCCUCCGCGAGGUCGGCCGCCCGAAGGCCGGCGAGACCGUGCUCUGCUCGACGGCCGCGGGCGCCGUCGGCGCCGCCCGGCGCUCCGCCGUGGGCCAGCUCGCGAAGCGCGCCGGCUGCCGCGCCGUCGGCGUCGCCGGCGGCGCCGCCAAGGCCGCGCUCUGCGUCGACGCGUUCGCCUACGACGCCUGCGUCGACUACAAGGCGACGGGCGACCUCGGCGCGGCCGUCGCCGCGGCGUGCCCCGACGGGAUCGACGUCUUCUACGACAUGGUCGGCGGCGACCAGCUCGACGCCGUCGCGCCGCUCCUCAACGUCGGCGCGCGCGUCGUCGUCGUCGGGACGGCGGGCACGGCCGCGUGGUCCCCGCCGCCGCGCGGCCUGCGCCUCGAGCGCCACCUCCUCGUCAAGCGCGCGUCCAUGGCCGGCUUCCUCGUCUUCGACCACGCGGCCGCGUUCCCGGCGGCGCUCGACGACCUCGCGCGCCUCGUCGCCGACGGGUCCCUCGUCCACCGCGAGGAGGUGCGCCGCGGCCUCGCGGCGGCGCCCCGGGCGCUCGAGGACAUCUACCGGGGCGCGAACGCCGGGAAGCUCAUCAUCGCGGUCCCGUGA